UUUUCAUAGAAAUAUCAUCAGUGCUUGGCUGGACUGCUCGCCCCGCCCUAUGGUGUGAUGGAAAGCGGUUGUAGUGGGGACAGAAUGCCGGACAAAGAGAACAUAAGCAACAACUCAUUUGUUCCUGUCUCCAAACAUCAGAAUAAGAAGUCAUUCAUUGAAAGUCCAGCCAAAUCCCACCUUAAAUGCCUUUCUCAGGUCCCCUCUGAGAAGAUCCUGAGGGCGGGGACGAUUCUCCGUAACGCCAUCCUCUCCAGGGCGCCUCACAUGAUCAGAGACAGGAAGUACCAUUUGAAGACGUACAGGCAGUGUUGCGUGGGGACAGAGUUGGUUGACUGGCAGAUGCAGCAGAGCUCAUGCAUCCACUCUCGUAUUCAGGCUGUGGGCAUGUGGCAGGUGCUGCUGGAAGAAGGUGUUCUCAACCACGUGGACCAGGAGCUGAGCUUCCAGGACAAGUACCUUUUCUACCGCUUCCUGGAUGACGAGCAGGAAGAUGCUCCUUUACCCGGCGAGGAGGAGAGGAAGGAGAGUCAAGAGGAGCUGCAGGACACGCUGCUCCUCCUCUCGCAGAUUGGACCUGACGCCCACAUGAGGAUGAUUCUGAGGAAACAUCCGUCUGAACGAACAGCAGAUGAUUUGGAGAUCAUUUAUGAAGAGCUGCUCCAUAUCAAGGCAUUAUCUCACCUAUCCACAACUGUAAAGAGAGAACUGGCAGGAGUGCUGAUCUUUGAGUCUCAUGCAAAGGCAGGAACAGUGUUGUUCAGUCAGGGGGAGGAGGGCACGUCAUGGUACAUUAUUUUGAAGGGCUCAGUCAACGUGGUCAUCUAUGGAAAAGGUGUUGUGUGCACUCUUCACGAGGGAGACGACUUUGGAAAGCUUGCUCUUGUCAAUGACUCUCCGCGCGCUGCCUCCAUUGUCCUGCGUGAGGACAACUGUCACUUCCUGAGAGUCGACAAGGAGGACUUCAACAGGAUUUUGAGGGACGUGGAGGCAAACACGGUGCGUCUGAAGGAGCACGGUCAGGAUGUUCUGGUGUUAGAGAAGAGUCUCGGCUGCAGUCGAACCUCCGGCCACGGAGCCUCGUCCUCCCAUUACAAAUACAAGGUAAUGUUGGGGACUCCGGAGAAGAUUUUGGAGCACCUCCUCGAAAUGAUGCGAUUGGAUUCUAAAUUCACAGAGUCAGACUCGGCCUUAGAUGACUUUGUGCUCAUGCACUGUGUCUUCAUCCCUAACAGUCAGCUAUGUCCGGUGUUGAUGGCCCACUACCAUGCUCAGGCCUCGCAGGGCUCUGAACAGGAGAAGCUGGACUACACACUUAACAACAAGCGCAGGGUGAUCCGCCUGGUGAUGCAGUGGGCUGCUGUACACGGAGAUCACCUGCAGGAGGAGGACGUCUCUGUGGCCUUCAUAGAGGAGUUUCUCAUGGCGGUGUCUAAUGAUGCAAAGUCGAUCCCAGCGCUCAGGGAUCAACUAACACAACUGGAGAGAAGUUUAAAGCAAAACACUGACGAUGCCAGAGUCUCACAGAAAAAGCACAAAGUCCUACUGCGGCAGUUCAGUAUGGGAGAUGAGAAGCUUCAGAAACGUCAGCCCAUCAAGAGUAAUGAUGAAAUUCUGCUCAAAGUCUACUGCUGUGACCACACCUACACAACGAUCCGUGUCCCUGUGGCCGCCUCAGUCAAGGAGGUCAUCGGUGCUGUGGCCGACAAGCUGGGGUCGGCUGAGGACCUGCUCCUGGUCAACCUCAGUUCGGCAGGAGAGAAAGCCAUCUUCAAGCCCAAUGAUGUUUCAGUGUUCUCCACUCUCAGCAUAAAUGGUCGGCUGUUUGCCUGCCGGAGGGAUCAGUUGGAUUCUUUGACCCCUUUACCCGAGCAGGAGGGUUCCUCUACAGGGCUGUUGGCUGGUUUUGAGUUAAUGAGCUCUAAGGAUGUAGCUUACCACAUGACUUCCUAUGAUUGGGAGCUUUUUCACUGUGUACAUGAGCUUGAACUCAUCUUCCACACAUUUGGAAGACAAAAUGUUAAGAAAACCACCGUGAACCUGGACCUGUUCCUGAGGAGGUUUAAUGAAAUUCAGUUCUGGGUGAUCACAGAGAUGUGUGUGUGUUCUCAGCUCAGCAAGAGGGUGCAGCUUCUCAAGAAGUUCAUCAAGAUUGCCGCCCACUGCAAGGAGUACAAGAAUCUGAAUGCCUUCUUUGCGAUCAUUAUGGGACUGAGUAACCCAGCAGUGUGCAGAUUGAGUCAGACCUGGGAGAAACUUCCCAGCAAAUUUAAGAAGUUUUACGGGGAAUUUGAAAACUUUAUGGACCCGUCCAGGAACCACCGGGCGUACCGACUGACGGUUUCCAAGCUGGAGCCUCCCAUCAUUCCCUUCAUGCCGCUGCUGAUCAAAGACAUGACAUUCACUCAUGAGGGCAACAAGACGUUUAUCGACUAUUUGGUCAAUUUUGAGAAAAUGCGGAUGAUCGCUAACACAGUGAAGAUAUUGAGACUCUGUAGGAGCCAACCUUUCAGUCCAGAUUCACCUCUGGCCAGCAAGAACCACCCAGAAGUUCGCAGCUACGUACGUCAGCUCAACGUGAUCGACAACCAAAGGACCCUAACUCAGCUCUCUCAAGGACUUGAGCCCCGCAGGUCUUGAAACCACUCGGGGACAGAAAUGUUACACUCUGAUGCUGCUUCACUGCAUGGCCAAUGGCGUAUCAGAUAAUGAGAUAUUGUUUCAGAUACCUGACUUGAUAAAACCUUUUAUUACAGUAAUUUGUGAAGCUUUAACAACGGUAAAUGUUGGAGGGUGGAGUACUUCUCACAUCACUGUGCUGCACACAUCAUCUCGAGUCAAACAAGAGCGACAAAUGAAGGAAUUAACAGUCGUGUGUGUGUGUGUGUGUGUGUGGGGGGGUCUCAUUCAUCAGAAUAACAUUUCAGACGUAAACACUAUGUGAUGCUGAUGCUUUAAAAAUGUAAAGUCUUGAUAUUCCUGAUAUUCAGUUGUUUCGUAUCUUUUGUAUCAAACAAUAUUUAUAUAAGUUUGUGAGAAUCCUAUGUGCUGUAAACUGUAUACAAAUAUUUAUUUUGACAUCAGCAUGCAAAAAGUUGUUAUGAUUGUUUGCUUUCUUAUUCAUGUGAGCACAUUUCUCUUUGGAGAUACAGUAAAUGUCUUAAAACCUUUUGUGUGCUGAAAGUAUUAAAUAUUUUGGAUGUA